AUGACUGAAGAGUCUGUGGAGAAGUUGCGUAAACUUAAAAAAAUUAGGGCUUCUAUGAAAACUAAACUUACGCAGUUUGAAGCGUUUUUAGACAUUUGUAGGUCUUAUGAAAACCUUAGCGAGGUACAUUCCGCUGAGCUACAGGCUCGCCUGUCUAGGAUACAAAAUCUAAUCCAUGACUUUGAUACUUUACAGACUGAAAUCGAAGUGUUGGUCGAUUCUCCAGACUUACAAUAUGAAGAACGUAAAAUGUUUGAAGAUCUAUAUUACAAACUUAUAUCUUCAGCACAGAACAUAAUAUCAACGAGCUCUGACAAAAAGGGUGUUCGUAAACAACGUUCAGGUUCGAUGUACAGCUGUGACGAGGCAAUUGAUACAGAAAACAAAUCAAAUACUUCAGUUUCUCCUAUUGUUGAAAAUGUAACUUUACAAUCUAAUACAAUCAAUUACCCCCAAAACCAUGACAAUCCUUUUUCAAACAAUAGUAUGCAGUACACUACCCCGUCCAAUGUAUUUCUGUCCACAGCGUUGGUGAAGGUCUAUGAUAGCCGUGGUGGCCACCAAUUGGCAAGGAUUCUACUUGACAAUGGCAGCACUGCUAAUUUCAUCACGCAGAGCCUGUGCAGCAAGCUGGGUCUAUCCAGAGGAGAUACGUUUUCUAGAGUAUCAGGUAUCAGCAAUCAAGCCUGCAAUAGUACACAAUCUUGCAAAGUAACUAUGGAAUCGUUGUAUUGUAACUAUCAGGUCGAUUUAGAUUGUCUAAUAUUACCUACAAUUACAAAAUCAUUGCCAUCUAAGUUAGUUGACGUCAGCCAUAUAUCAAUUCCAACCGGCGUACAACUAGCUGAUCCUAAUUACAAUGUUCCAUCAGCGAUAGACAUAUUAGUCGGCGCUGAAGUAUUUUGGAACGUUCUAUGCACUAAUUCUAUUAACCUAGGUAAAAAACAACCUAAGCUUUACGAAACCAAGCUGGGUUGGCUAGUGUCAGGCUACAUAGCAACACAAUCUAAUAAUAAAUCUAUACAGCAUCAAUGUAUAAAUCUACUACUUGUCAACCUAUUAUGGGACAACUACCGCAGAAUAGAACUAUGUUAG